AUGGGGUCCGCGACGCGGGAGAUGAUGUAUCUUGGGGGAGACAUGGUUGUGGUUAUUCUUGCUGGACAAUAUCUUGGAGGGGUUGAACUUUGCAAGAUUGAACUUCAAAGUCGCAGUUGUCUUGUUUGCGCUCUCGAGCUGCCCCACCUUUUGCAGCUGGGGGCUUGGCACGCCGAGCCAAGAGUGAAGCAAGGAACCUGGCGCACUGGCCAUUCCUUAGUCAUCAAUUUUUUUAACGGGCCAAUCCGCCUUGCCCGCUCGAAUUUUGGCAGCCCACAAACUGAAAUUAUUUCGGGUGCUUUCUCAAGAACGGUUCUGUCUCUCACUCUCCGUGCCCGCAGUCGACCUCCAGGGAAAGGCAACAACAGAACCGACAAAAUGAAGUUCUUGAAGACCUCGAGAGUGUGCCUUGUCACCAGGGGCCGCUAUGCCGGCAAGAAGGUUGUCAUCAUCCAGCCCGUUGACACCGGCUCCAAGAACCACCCCUACGGCCACGCCAUCGUUGCCGGUAUCGAGCGUUACCCCAGCAAGAUCACCCGCCGCAUGUCCAAGACCAGACAGGAGAAGCGGUCGAAGGUCAAGCCCUUCAUCAAGGUCAUCAACUACAACCACUUGAUGCCCACCCGCUACACUCUCGAGCUCGAGGGUCUCAAGAACGCCAUCUCCGCCGAUACCUUCAAGGAGGUCUCCCAGCGUGAGGACGCCAAGAAGAACGUCAAGAAGGUCCUUGAGGAGCGCUACACCAGCGGCAAGAACAGAUGGUUCUUCACUCCUCUCAAGUUCUAA